AUGAACGCUCUUCGCACUGCCCAUCGCAUCGGCCUCAAGGGCUGCUCGACUCGUCGAGGUGUGGUCUACCGUUGUGGCCUGCCUGCUCAGCGGGGCUUCGCCUCGACGGCGCCCACGCUCGCGAGUCUGUCCAACUGGAGCCCCAACCUCAUCGCUCCGCCGCCUGGGCUGUCAGCCGCUGGGGCUUCGUCGCCGACUGUCAGCGCUAGCACGCCUGCGUCGUACAACAAUGCUGGCGUUCUACCGUCGUCGACCAGCACUGGCAGCCCGGCACCGUCGAACAACGCUGGCGCGCUGUCGCGGUCGGGCGGAAGUGCCUCUGGCGUCUACCAGAACUUUCAACGUGACUGGGACGUCGUCACUGCAGGCCUGAAGGAGAGCGCGAUGCAAUUCCAUGAGGCUGUCGCGGCGAACCAAGAGCGCAUCGCCGCGCUCGAGACCCGCCGCGAGGAGCACCUUGCGUCCGUCAAGGCGUUCGAGACGCGCCUCGAGGAGCAGCACAAGGAGUCCGUCAAGGCGCUGGCCGAGCAUCGCCACUACGCGCGCCUGCAGCGCAAGCACGAUCGCGAAGCCAUGAAGGAGAUUCAGCGUCGCCAGCUCGAGGCUCGCACCGGCACACAAGCGCUCCACGACUCGCUCCAGGACCUGCGUACCGCUCUCUUCGACUUCGUCUUGCACGCCAAGAACCAGGAGGCCAUGUAUUCGCGCACGCUCGCGCGGCUCGAGCCUGCGCCGGCCAAGCAGCGCGUCAAGGAGCAAUCGGCCGCGGUCGAGAAGGCAGUGAUGGCCAAGGUCAGCGCGGAGAAGGGGCUGCGCCUCUCCGAGCAGCUAGUCGAGGAGACAGCUGUGAAGCCGGCAAAAGCACUCGGGGAGCGCAUCGCAGCGGCCUUCUUCUGGCUCACGGGCCCGAUGUGCUUGCUGUUCGGUUUAACAUCCUACGCCCUCGCCGAACCUGAGCAAGUCGCUGGCAUCAAGCAGGCUUUCGGCGGCGGUGCGAGUUCCGGCGGCGCGAGCGGUGCCUCGCGGAGUGGUGGCCGUUCGGCCAGCUCUGCAAAAGCGCCGAUGCAGGCCGCAUCUGCCACGCCGUCCUCGUCUGCGAAAGACGCAGCCAUUGUGACCGGCGGCCUAGCAGCUGCUGUGAGCGCAGAGCAAGCAGCCAGGCGUGCCGCAGCCGAGGACAAGGCCAACUCGUCGAAGCCCGCCACGAAGACCAACGCCACUCACAACGAGGCACCUCGGGCCCCGCCUGCCCUCGGCACACGCAGCUUCCUCGUUCAGGCACUGCCCACCAUUGUCCCUUCGGGACUCGACACUGUCAUUCCAGUCGACCGCGUGAUCGCAGAUCUGCGAGACCAUGCGCUUCUGUCGUCCGACCAAAUGACUAUUCGCACGAUGAAGCACUACGAGUUUCACCUGCUCAAGUUAUUCGGCGAGCUGCGGCGCCAGAACCAGCCGCUCACCGUGCGCACCUAUCUGCAAGCGACGAGCAAGCUCCGCGAGUCGUCCGCUCUCCACCGCAUCGUCGCGUGGAACACGGCAUACGGCAAGCGCGACUACGCCUUGCAGACGCUGACGAACAGCCAGCGCCGCAACCUGGACGUGAGCCGCGCCGUCGGCUUCGGCCAGGACGUCGAGGAAGACCCUCUAAUGAUGGGCCUGCGCGCGUUGGACCGCCGCGCGGCGCUCGCCGGCUCGGCUGCCCCUGCUGCUCCUACUGCUCGACUGGUCUAG